UUUUCUUUUUUUUCACUAUUUCUUUUUUUUUUUCAUCUCCCUCACAUUCCUUUCCUUCUUCAUUCACAUGACAUCAAAAGAGGGAAUGUCCAAGUCUAUUUCUAUAGGCGACUCCAUCAUGUCCUCAAGUGGUUUGGAUCUGACCUUUGGAGGUACGUUAGAUGAUUCAGAGACGCUUGACCAUCUUGACAAAUAUAUACGGAAAAAGGACGGUGAAAUCGAACGUAUGUGCAAUGCUCACUAUCAGGAAUUUGUUCAUGCUGUCGACCAACUACUCAAAGUACGUCAAGGUUCAAUCUCACUCAAAGAAAAGAUUGGACAGGUGAAUCAAGAACUUCAAACAGCUGGUGGAUUAGUCACGAAGAAACGACGAGAAUGGAUGGAGGCACGACGAGUACAACAAAACGUGGAUGAUGCUAUUAGUGCUUUACAAUCAAGUCUCAUCGUACUGGAAAUGGCUAACAAGGUAGAUCAUCAACUAGAACAACACAAAUACUAUUCAACUCUUAAAACUUUGAAUGAUCUUAAAUAUCAACAAUUACAAUCAAUAUCUCAAUAUAGCUUCUCAAAAGCUCUAGCUCAAAGUGUACCAGCAAAGGAAGCUAUCGUAAAGGAACUGGUAACAUCUGAAUUAAAAGAAUGGUUGGCAAGAGUACGGGAAAUAUCAAGAGAAAUUGGAUCCAUGGCAAUGCGUCGAAUGCAAGAACGGCAAGAACGUUGGAGGAUGAAGACGGCUGAAAAUCCAAAACUCAAGAACUUACAACAUCAUAACGUCAAUUCUGCUAUUGAAAUGGUAGUGAAUGAAGGUCUUGAAUCUAACAUGCUGGAUGACACCAAUAUUGAUUUUGAACCUCUUUUCAAAUGUAUACACGUUUAUGAUACUUUGGGUCAACGACAAGAAUUUAAAACCUCCUAUGAAGAAGAUCGAAGGGCACAAGCAAAUUUAGCACUUUCAGCACCUGUCAAUUUACGGGAUGGCAAUUUCGCUGCUUUUGAAACACUCUUACAAGAUAUUGUUGGUUUCUUUAUCAUCGAACAUAUUGUUUUACAUAAUACUCAAGAUUUUCGAAGUCGAUCAGAGAUUGAUGCUCUAUGGGAAAUGGUUACUGGCAAAGUAAUCAACGUAGUAUCGGAAAGUUUGAAAGGCUGCCGGGAUCCUGAACUCUUUUUACGUGUCAAAUAUUGUUUAUUGAUCUUUAUUCAAACAUUAGAAGGAUUUGAUUAUUCUGUGAAACCUUUACAAGAAACUCUAUUGGCUCUUUUCCAACGUUAUUCUGAAUUGUUGAUACACGAGUACAGUCAAGUCUUUGAAAAGAUUGUGGAAGAAGACGAAUGUAUGCCGAUGACUGUAGAAAAUGAAGAUGAAUUACGUGAAGUCAUGCAAUAUACCCGAUUUAGACCUGAUCGUGAAUUCCUUCAACGUUAUGGAUUUCCAUUAAGACUCCCAUUCUCCAAAGUAUUCCCUACUUGUUGUCGUGAUGUCAGUGCAUUCGUACAUCAAUUCUACCAAUUUGCCGAAGGAUUUUCUCAAACUCAUGGUGAAAUGGACGACAUCUUGAAAAAAGCAGUGGAUAGCUUACUAAUUGGAAAAGUCAAUGCGAUUUUAUUGAAGAAGCUUCUAUCAACCAAUCUCUCGCAAAUUGUACAAAUUAUUAUCAACAUUGAAUACUUUGAAUCAACGUGUCCAGAUUUCGAAAUGUUAUUAAUGGAAACAAGAUCAUUCCACCGAUCUGGACGAAUUCAUCUCAAAGCUACUUCCAUCUUCAAGGAAACGCGGCGAAAAGCUGAAAAACGUAUUUUUGAAUUGGUCAAUGCCAAGUUGGAUGAAUUUUUGGAACUAUCUGAUUAUGAUUGGGAAACUCGUGAAGUACAAAAACAACCUAGUCCUCAUUUACAAGAUCUUGUUACGUUCCUUACCAAUGUUACAAAUGCAGCCUUAUUGAACUUGCCUGAAUCUAUCAAAAGUUUACUUUAUUAUGAUGCUCUUGCCCAUUUAUGUAACAGCAUGAAGAAUCUAUCAUUAUCCCCAGAUUGCCCCGCAAUUACUCCAGAAGCAUUGGUCAAUUUUGACACAGAUGUUCACUUUUUGGAAGAAUUCAUCCAGAGCUUGAAAGAUCCCUCUUUGAUUGACACCUCCCACGAACUCCGACAGUUGAUUCAAUUGGCGAUCAGUGAUAAUCCGGAAGAAUAUUUGACCCCUCAUAUCAGAAGCAAAUUAUAUGAUCGGGUAAAUGGUGCCGAUGUGGUGAUAUUAUUUGAAAAGUAAGUAAAGAAAUCUUCUUCAUUUGUAUCAUUAGACUCACUUUUUUUUGUAGGCUUUUAAGAGGUUUACCCAAUGGACCAGGUGGAUCCAAUUUGUUGAAUUUGAAAGAACGAGCUCACCGAAAAGCAUUAGAAAAUGUAGCAAGGUACAAAAUAUAAAAUGGGGGAAAGUUGAUGAUGAUGAUGGAAGAUCAAACUCACGGUUAAAUAUCCAACCGAAUCCUUCGUCCGAGACCAUGCGUUAUUAAUAUUUUAUUGUUGCUUUUUAUCUAUCAAUUAGGGUUUUACGAUCUGUGCAUAUUGGAAAUCAAUAAUAGCUGUAGUAGAAUAGUUGAUCGUAAAUAUUAUAAUAAACAAAAUGUUGUACAUCAUCUUUGUCAAUUCAA